UUCCUCAGUUUCCUCUUUUUUUAGCUUACAUGCAUCUUGACGCCAGUAACAGAAUUUGCUGCUGUAUUUGGUUUCAGGAAUUUGGUUUCUUUUCUGAGUGAUCUUCAGUAUCUAUUAGGAAGUCAAUGCAGCAGCAGUGAUUUUGAGUUCUGUUUCUUUUUAAGUUUUUAAUUCAUGACAAUGGCAAUAAAUCACAGACUCAGAAUUCUUCUUUGUCUUCUAACCUUCAAAACAGGGUUCAGUGCUGAGAUCUCUGUGGUUGUGCAAACAGGAAAUUCUGUUCAACUGCAUAUACAGACACAAGAACUACCAGAGUUUGAUGAUUUAUCCUGGAAAAAUGAUAAAUCAGAGAUUAUAGUUAGAUAUACAAGUGAAACUAAAAGAGUAAGACUUCACUCUUCCUACAAGGACAGAGUGGAUUUCAAUGAUACAACCUUCUCUCUGACACUGAAGAACAUGCAGAAGACAGACAGUGGACUCUACACAGCAAGAGCAAGUGGAGACUCAGACAACAAUAUUGUUACAUACAGAGUAUCUGUCAUAGAUGCAGUGGAAGCUCCAGUCCUGAUUGUCAACUCAAACUGGUCCAGUCCUGAACCCUGUUACUUUACAUGUAACAGAAGUAACAUUACCGUCAGCUUAGUUGCAGCUGUUCUCAAGAAGACCUCAAGAUCCUCUGAUAAUCACACUCUAAGACUGAGCUGCAGUGGUGACUCCAUCAUAUGUAACCCCAGUGAGCCAGUGAGCUGGAAGACUGACACAGAGAAGGUUAAUAAACUCUGCACUGUUAAUCGAAGGUUCAGUGCUGAGAUCUCUGUGUUUGUGCAGACGGGAGCUUCUGUUCAACUGGAUAUACAGACACAACAACAACUACCAGAGUUUGAUCUUUUAUCCUGGAUCAUUAAUAAAUCAGAGAGUAUAGUUAGAUAUAACAGUGAUUCCAAAAGAGUAAAACCUCACGAUUCCUACAAGAACAGAGUGGAUUUCAAUGAUACAACCUUCUCUCUGACACUGAAGAACAUGCAGAAGACAGACAGUGGACUCUACACAGCAAGA